UUAUGGCUUCUUUAAUAUUUUCUGUUUGAUAAUGAUAGGGACCAGUAUGUCAGCCCCACAUGUUUGUGGUUCAAUUGCUUUACUAAUCUCAGGGCUAUUGAAGAAUAAAAUUGACUAUUCGCCAUAUAGUAUUAAACGGGCAUUAUGGAACACUGCCACUCAACUACAGCACGUCGAUAAAUUUGCACAAGGUAAUGGAUUACUGGACGUUAACGCUGCCUAUGAUAAUUUAGUGAAGUACCAUGAUCGCUCUGAACGUGAUGUCCGAUUUUCAGUCUCUGUUGGAUCACAAAAUGCAAAAGGCAUUCAUUUGCGACGCGGUCUAUUGAACAAACCAGAAGAGUUCAAUGUUACCAUUCAACCGGUUUUCAUGAUGGAGAAGAAAUACGCUUCAAAGUCAAAAAUUGAAUUCAACAAACGACUGACACUCAUUCCGUCAAAACCAUGGAUUCAAUGUGGUUCAUUUUUGGAUCUAUGCUAUUCGGCACGUUCAAUCGUUGUAAAAAUCGAUCCAACCACACUACCACCCGGUGUUCACACCGGAAAAAUUCGAGCUUAUGAAUGUGAUGACGUUGAAAAGGGAACAUUAUUUGAGAUCCCUGUAACUGUAGUACAACCAAUAGUACUGCCGCCCGAAUCGAAUUGGCAGCAUGACUUUGAGGAAGUCUUAUGCAAACCGAACACGAUUAUGCGUCAUUUUAUUUUAGUGCCAAACAAUGCAUCUUGGGCUGUGGUGCGACUUCGGUCGAAUGACAAGGUAAAAUCAACGCAAGCUAAGUUUUUAGUGCAUACAAUGCAAAUUAUACCACAAAAAUAUUGCAAAACAUUCGAUACACAAAAAAUAUUGCCAGUUUCAUCGGAAAAUGACACUUUGCACACAUUCAAAGUAGAGCAAAACAAUAUCCUUGAAGUGUGCAUCGCAAAAUAUUGGUCGAAUUUCGGUACAACAACAAUUUCAGCAAGCAUUUCGUUCCAUGGUGUUCGUGCUAGUUUGCCAAAUACAAUGGUACAUAAUGCCAGCGGUGUUCAUCGUGUCGAUUUGACAUCGUUGUGUCGCGAAGAAUUGGUACCGUCAAUUCAAUUGAAAACCGCUUCAAUGGUAUUGAAACCAACUGAAACAAAGAUUUCGCCAUUGACAUCGCGUGAUAUACUGCCAUUUGGUCGUCAAAUCUAUCAAAAUUUACUAACAUUCGUUUUAAAUUUGAGCAAACAACAAGAGGUGGCAUUUUCGUUGCCAUUGCUAAAUAAUGUGCUAUACGAGUCCGAAUUUGAGAGUCAACUAUACAUGUGCUUUGACUCGAAUCGCCGUCAGAUCGUGUGCGGUGAUGCGUAUUCCGGUAGCAAUUUUUAUAAAAUGCCCAAAGGUGAAUAUACCAUCAAAGUUCAAGUUCGUCAUGAGAAAAAGGAGCUACUGGAAAAAUUGAACGAUGCCACACUAACUGCGUCAUUUAAAUUGAGUGCGCCAUUAAAUUUGGAUAUUCAUAGCACUUACAAAGCUGCCGUACUGGGUGAAAAGAAAGUAACAUCACUGAUCGUGCCAGCAUCACGGCCAGUACCAUUCUAUAUUGCACCAUUGAGCAAUGAAAAAUUAACAAAAGCCGGUCUCGUCAAUCAAUGUGCUUGGUUACAGGGUGUUUUGUCCACGUCAAAGGAUGAAACGGCACGAAAAUUGGAUCAAAUCACUUUCGAUUAUAUUCUACCCGAUGGGCCGGCUGUUGCGAAAAAGAAUGGAUCAACAAAAUUAAACAAUAAAGAGGGCAAGAGUAAAUAUGAUGAAUACCUGGAAGGCUUGCGUGACUAUCAAAAUGGUCAGAUCGCUAAGCUCGAAUUGGCCGAUGCUGAAAAGAUUUAUGCCAAUCUCAUCAAAGAAUUCCCAACAUAUUUGACCGCACACAUUUCGUUGAUUCAAAAAUUGGAGGUAGCCGAAUCAAAGAACUCACUGCCGUUGACAUUCAAAUCAUCGCUGUGCAAUACACAGGAUUUGGAUACACCGUUGGCAACACUCAAGCGAAUCGUAACACUGGCCGAUACUGUGAUUAAGGGAACAAAUGUUGAUAGACUUUUGUCAUACUUCGGUCUUAAGAAUGACAGUCGUGCAGAUGCUGCCAAAAUUAAAUCAAAAAAAUGGUUGAAAACGAUAGAAUUAAUCCUUAAUUGUACAGAAUCUAAUUUUGGUGAGAUGGAGAAGCAAAAGAACAACCUCUUGGAUGCGUACGUACGAAAAGCAGUCGCACUGGGCAAAAUAAAUAUGAUCGAAGCAAAACAAAGCGAAAUUGAUUCAGAAGUGAAAAUAACACCGGUUGCCGAUGACAUUGACGCCAUAUUCACCGAAGUUGGUAAAUUCACCGACUAUUUUGAUCAAAAGAUCUUAAUCUUGUCGUUGUGGCACGCAUAUACGAAGCAACACCACGGUCGAAUGUGGAAGGUGUUGACGAAGAUGAAUGAAGAAAAGCAGCAACGCGACUUCCUCGAAGAAAUGCAAUUGGUUGCACAGGCCAAAAAUUGGGGACAUGUCGCUGAUAUUUUGCAAAAAAUCACAGUUUCAGCCCAUCCAGCCAAUUACCGAUUAUUCUAAAUUCAAUGAGAAGAUAAACAUGAUUUAUAUUUGAUAAAUUCACAAAUUCUUUGAUAAUUGGAUUUAAAUUUGAUUUUUUGCUACCCACCACUUUGUUUAAUGAACUCGUUUUUUUAUUCUAUCUUCUCUCUUUCUCAUUUAAAUAAUAGAACAAAGCAAUACAUUUUUGAAAUUAUUUUAUUUUACAAUGUGGAAUUCAAUGUUCCAACGAUAUGAAAUCAAUAAAAUAAAUCCAUGCAUUUUUAUGAGAGAAUAAAAUUGAUAAAACAAU